CAUUUCUCAUGCAAUAAUUGUUGGUUUGAUAAGAUAUAAUUUACUUACUCAGAGUAGGAAAUUCAACUCAUUUCUCAUGUCUUGAAAAAGUCUUAUCGAAUUUGAGUCCUUGGCAGUUGACAGUGGCUCAACUCCAAAUACAUAACUUCAGAUAUAGUGUAAUGGUUGUUUUUCUAGGUAUAAUUUACUCAUGAGUAGGCAGAGGUUUUGUUGAAGGGUCAUGACUUAUUUAUCAUGUUUUGGAAAAUCCAUUAGCCAUUUUGAAUUCUUCGUCAAUUGGUUAGUUCAAUAGUAUAUUACUCAUUGUCUGCAAUGCAAAGUAUGUACCUUUGUCUUCUUAGAAUUUCAAAUAUUUUUUAAAGAGGUAAAAAUGUGCUUCUUACUACUCUCUCAGGUGAAAGAAGAUACUGAUCUCUUUAUCAUUGAUGAAGUUGGAAAGAUGGAGUUGUACAGUUCAUCUUGUUUCCCUGCUGUUCUUAAAGUUCUGGAAUCAAAUAUACCAAUCUUAGCUUCUGUUCCAAUUCCAAAAUCUGGACGUGAUAUACCUGGAGUUGCUAGAUUGAAGAAUCAUCCUGGUGCAACGAUCUUUACACUCACUGAGAGUAACAGAGAUGCAAUGAAAGAGCAGAUAUCCUCUCUUUUGGCUGAUUUACUGAGAAAAAUAUAGACCUUUAAGAGUGAUUGGAUUUGUAAUAUUUUAAGCUAUCAUUUUCCUCACUUGGGUCAGAGUUUGGUAUGCAGGCUAGUUUUAGCAGCAGGUCAAUGGAUUUAGAAUCAGUUAGUCUUUCCUUAUGACCGUUUCCUUCUCUAUAUUUGCUCUUUACAGUUUCUAAUAGAAAAAUACUGGACUUACCAUUAACUUAUGAAAGAAACUAUUGUCGUAUACUUGAUUUAACACAUGUUGUGCUUUCAAAUUGUUUGUAGCACACCCACACACCUUUUUUGACAUUUACAUGAAAAGUGUUAUAUGCCAAAGAAUCAGAGUAUUUGAAACAAAUAAACAAACAAAAGCCAACUGAAAUGUAUUUCGACUCAUGAUGAGUUGGACUCAAAUGGGGACUACGAGCUUCGUCUACCUUGUUCAG